AUGCCUAUUCAAAUUGCACCUACUCGAAGUGGAAAUCAUGGAAAUCCUCAGAGGAGACGUGUAAUCACGCGGCCUGUCGCAUCGGAUUCUGACUCAAGCCGCGGAAAUGAAAACGACAGUAAUUCAGACUCAGAGUCUGGAAACGAUCAGCCAUUUCCCGGGUAUCACGUUCCUCCGCAAAUAGGCACAUCCCAAGAUCCCUCGCGCGAAUCAAUAUACAUACAAGUGCUGGAACAACGGCUAGCUGAAUCGGAGAAAAAACAUCUAGAGUCAACACAAAGACUAGCAGCUCUCGAGGCGCAAUUCCAGAAACUUGAUCAGAAAAGCAGCCAGAGGAAUACGUUGAGUGCAGAGCAACCAAAGGAUAGCAAACAAGAGUCCGAAAGCGCAACCAUUCCGAUUCUUCCCCAAGUACGUCGAAUCGGCUAUCAGGACUUUAAGAAUCAAUUCAGAGAUGAUGAAUAUCAAUACGCUAUUGAAGUCCUCAUGGCAGGGUUUGAUAUUAGGCGCGAUGUCCAAGAAGCCCAAAGGUUGGCUGCUGACCAGGUUCCGAACAUGCCCUUCUUCAUGACCAGCCAUGGUUUAAGUGCCCAUGAUAAUAAGCCGUCACUAAGAUCAGAGACAACUCUUUCGGCGAACAAGCUUUCUCCCUACAGAAUCCGAAUAAGGUCUCUGCCUCUUCUGAUUAUGUUGAACAAUCUUAUUUGUUACAACCGUAAAAUGGAAGUAACAACGUUUGCCCGACCAUUCAAGCCUCUUAUUUACCAUCAAAGUACCAUGAAGCAAUACCUGGCUGAGCUGGAGACUAAAUGGGGUGAAGCCGAGCGCAGUCAAGUCGACGAGACGAGUAAGCCACCUCUUGAAAGCGACCCGGCGAAUGGAAAAGCUAGAGAAAUUCGCAAGUUUCGAAAUAGGAGCGACUCGGAGGGCACCCACACAGCCGAAAUCGUUGACAGUGUCGAGGCCUUGCGGGCAAUGCGAGUAUACGUGGACUUUGUCGACAAGGAAUUAAUGCCCCUCUAUCAUCAAUUCGACAACUCAAACAGUGAAAUCCCACCCCACAGGAUUCGAUUCGAUGACAUAUGGUAUCUUUUUCGCCUUGGCGAGCUGGUCUUCAAUCCCGAUGCGCCAGACCCUAGCUCCUCCCUGAAACGAGACGUCUCGUCCAGGAGCCGACGGGUGAUGAGAGUCUACUCGAUCGGAUACCCAAAUCACGGCACCGAGGGGUACUCGAACGAUGACAAAGUCUUAGUGCGAUGUUAUUUUAUCGAUUUUAAUGGAGAGGCUUAUGUUCCAGUGAAGCAGAAAUUCCUGAUACCCUACUUCGAAGGUGAAAAAGAGAUCCGGUCGCUAGACAUCUACCCCAUACGUUUCGCUUUCAACCACGCUCAGAUUUUACAAGAUUUGUACGACCAAGGCAAACUGUUCCAAAGUUACAUUGCAGAGCAGUUUGUGUCGUGUAAAGGAUGGACUCUUGGGGACCACGAGUACCCAGAGUAUAUUGACAGUGAUGUGAUUGUCGAUUUUGUUGAAGCCUUGAAGGCCCACCCAAGAUGGACAACAUCUGCACAUGCCCCAGCAUUGCACGACGAAGAAUCUCAUCAUAUGGUGACAGAUAGCAUCCCAAUUGUAACAUGGACAGAUCGUGACCGAUCUGCUGUUGCUUGGAAGUCCGAUGACGAGAUAUACACUGCUACGUCAAUCGAUAUUUUGGAAAGAAACGCGAGUCUCAAGAACGACCGCUUCCUUGAAGAGCGGCGAGAUAAGCGCAAGAUACUGGAUCAAAGAUCUUCAUCCGGCCCUGUUGGCGAGCAAGACUAUGUUCUCUUGCCCCGACGGUUGUUUGUCUAUUCUCUUCAAGAUCGGAAAUUCGUGUCGGUCGACAUACGCAACCUGAGAUAUAUCGUCAAUCAAGGCGAGGCAUUUAAAAGUGUGAUUAUAUCAAAAGAGCACAAGCACACGAUAAAUGCAUUGGUGGAUGUGCAUUUUGAGCGAAAGGAUUUCGAAAAUGACCCUACAAUGGUCAGUCUGAACCAAGACACCCUUCGAAACAAAGGACGUGGGCUGGUUAUUCUCUUGCACGGUGUACCUGGAGUCGGCAAGACAAGUACUGCAGAAGCCGUUGCCCAAGCGAAAAAGAAACCACUGUUUCCAAUAACCUGUGGGGACCUGGGCUUCUCGCCUUCAGAUGUGGAAACUUCUCUUAAGGAGAUUUUUAGACUUGCUCACCUUUGGGAUUGUGUCUUGUUGCUGGAUGAGGCGGAUGUUUUCUUAUCUCAACGGUCCACAUGGGAUUUGAAGCGAAAUGCAUUGGUUUCCGUUUUUCUACGGAUUCUCGAAUACUAUAAUGGGAUCCUAUUUCUCACUACGAACCGAGUGGGCACACUUGACGAAGCCUUCAGGUCCCGAAUUCACGUCAAGUUGUAUUAUCCACCACUGAGUGAAAAGCAGACCAAAGAGAUUUGGAAAAUGAAUUUGAAACAGCUUAAUAAGAUUGAGAACGAACGACUGAAGAACAUCCAGAGCAGGGGAUCUUCGGACACUCUCAAGGAGCUGCCAUUGAAAGUGGAGGAAGAAAGUAUUCUAGAAUUUGCGGUUAGCUACUGGAGACAACAUCAACAUGGCAAGGGUCGAUGGAACGGACGGCAAAUCCGGAACGCUUUCCAGAUCGCCGCAGCACUAGCUCGAUUCGAAGCCCGCUCGGCGGCGCAAAAGCUGAAGAAAUUGAAUGCAUCGGCAUCUGAAAUCGAAUGUCUGCAAGGCGAACUCAAGGCAAGACAUUUCAAGACGGUUGCCGAAACGAGCCACCACUUUGAGAUGUACAUGCAUGAGACAGUGGGAAAGACUGAAGCAGAACUUGCUCUGGAGCAAGGUAAUCGUGCCGACCAUGUUUCUCGACUACGGCAAUCGCCAAUGCACGAGCAUCUUACGGUGGACUACGAAAUUGAUACCGGUGUUGGGAAUAUACCUCAACAUCCCCACGGCUUUCCAGGCAUAUCUAUUGGGCAGGAUUGGGACACUCGAGCCUACACGAGUGCGCCGCAAGGAAUGUAUCCGUCCCAAAUACCUGUGGCUCCUGAGAGUCACAGUCCACGAUAUGGAAUGGGACCUACAGUGCCACGGAGGAGCAUGGCAAUGCAAUCAAUCGAAGAACCUGCCGGUCUGCAAAUGCCAAUGGGAGUGGAUUUUGGUUAUGGGCCGAGACCAACACUGCGACCAGGGGAAUCAUCUAGUCCGAACCCUGCGUAUUCUUCUUCAAAGGGUCGGGGGAAGGGAGAUGCCAGAGCGUGGUCUGGAGCUGAGUCGGGAUCAGACUAUGAAUGA